AUGAUUUAAAAGGAGAAUCAAACAUUCAAAUAUCCAUCAAUUAACUAUUUUAAUCCUAAUUCUUCAUUUAGAAGAUAUGUAAAAGAUGAAACUUAAAUAUAAUGUAUCAUAGAACUUAAAAUGGAGGAUUACCAACGUUCAUCUAUUUCAACUGAAGGAUCAUUUGACUAUUCAUAAUCUUUAAAAAUUAAUAAAAAGUCUAAAAUUCAUAAACAAAAAGAUAAAUAAUUACCACAAAAAUCAGAAACAAAGAACAUACCUAAAAAUUUUGGAGUAUUAUUGAAAAAAUAUUUAUGUACUCAUUAAACUUAUUUUAUUAGGUAGUAAAAAUGUAGAUAAUUAAGCAAUUAAAGCAUUCUUAAAGAAUGGAGAAAACAAAAAGAAUUUCUCUAGAUAGGAUUUCACUCGUCUUUUUAAUGAUCCUCUUGCUGCAGACUUAUCUAGAGAGUAUUUCUCAGGUUUUUAAAUUAUACAUGAUCUUAUGAUAAGUGAAAAAAUAUAGGAUGUUAAAAAUCAUCUUAAAUAUAUAAGUAAAUUUUAUAAUUCCACUUAUAAUAAAUAAGAGCUUGAUGAACUUAAAUUAUAAUGA